GUUCGCAAGAAGCUCAGAACAGAACCCAUCAAAAGCGAGGCUGCGAGAGAGAGAGAGAGAGAGAGAGAGAGAGAGAGCGAGAGAGAGAGAGAGAGAGAGAGAGAGAGAGAGAGAGAGAGAGAGAGAGAGAGAGAGUGAGUGAGGGAGGCGCCGCCGCGCCGACGCCGAGUCCUUUCUCCAUCCUGCAUCUGCCGCUGUUUCCGACAGGAUGUUUCUCACGAGGACGGAGUACGACCGCGGGGUGAACACCUUCUCUCCGGAGGGGCGGCUGUUCCAGGUCGAGUACGCCAUCGAGGCCAUCAAGUUGGGAUCCACUGCGAUCGGUUUGAAGACAAAGGAUGGUGUUGUACUCGCCGUUGAGAAACGUGUGACCUCACCACUGCUGGAACCAAGCAGUGUGGAAAAAAUAAUGGAAAUUGAUGAGCACAUAGGCUGUGCCAUGAGUGGACUUAUUGCUGAUGCUAGAACACUAGUGGAACAUGCUCGUGUUGAAACUCAGAAUCAUAGGUUCUCAUACGGAGAGCCAAUGACUGUAGAAUCUUCGACACAAGCUAUCUGUGACUUAGCUCUGCGUUUUGGCGAAGGUGACGAAGAGUCAAUGUCACGGCCAUUUGGAGUCUCUCUCCUAAUUGCUGGACAUGAUGAGAAUGGACCUAGCCUGUACUACACUGACCCAUCUGGUACAUUUUGGCAAUGCAACGCAAAGGCAAUUGGAUCAGGUUCUGAGGGAGCUGAUAGUUCCUUGCAGGAACAGUACAACAAGGAAUUGACCCUCCAGGAGGCGGAGACCAUAGCCCUUUCUAUCCUGAAGCAGGUUAUGGAAGAGAAGGUGACCCCAAACAACGUCGAUAUUGCCAAGGUUGCCCCCAAGUACCACCUCUACACCCCUGCCGAGGUGGAAGCCGUCAUCGCGAGGCUGUGAAACGCUUCCGAGCUCUUGCUAUCCACGUCAUCAAUCGGUAAUAGACGACCCUUGUACGAAGCGUGGGCACCAUGGUCCUUGAUUAUGGCUUGAUUAUGGCAAGGACAGUCGAUGUUAGUUUGAUUCACAGCUCAGCCGGGCUCACUUGUCUUUUUAAAUUUUUAUGAAUUAGCGUUGAGAACUUUGUACUGCCAA